ACCCGCGAAAAUCGAUGGUCAUGAAAAAUGCAGGCCUGUCCCGAUACAGGGAUUCCUAUACCGCACAACACCGAGCAGAGUCAUCGGAGGAGUCUAGCGACUGACCUCACAUAUGCUAAUUGUCCCAUUGCUAUCUGCACGCGACGCCACCAUUGGCGUAUUAUCCCGUAAUCACUACUCGACUGGCCCUGAAUCGAAAGCAGCUCGGAUGGUUUGAUAAAAUGAGCGAGGAUCCGACGAGAAGCCUUACUUAAAAACAUCGCAACCUGAAACUUUCCGAAGGCUUUCGGAAAGAUCCGUCAAUUUUUUCGACAAUUCCUGACGGACUGGAUAGCAACGAUCGGAUCUGUGCUGGAGGGAGGAUUCCUCCCCCCCACCCCCUCCUUCCGUGCGAUAACGACGAGCGUCGAUGCAUUUUUACGACACGCGAACGUGACGUCAUCGGGCCAAUAUCAAGGACUCGGCAAAGCAGGGUUGACUCUUCACUCCCGAUCACGUCUCGACGCAACGCGUCGACAUUCGACGACCUUUGUCACGCCAGAGAACACCCGGAGCUUUAAGGAAAGAGGACAUUUUCGAGGGCUUGACCGAGGGCUCUGAUUAGAGGCUCGAUAAUAUCCUGGUGAAUUACAGCGGUUGGUGAUGAAGUACCGUGCGAAGGGGAAAACUGUCGCGGAAUCCGGUGUAGUUUCUCCACUCUCGCCGAGUUAUUUUAACUGCCGGUGAAUGAUGCAGCGCAGAACCAACCCUCGUCGUCGUUAUCUUCACCUUUGGCGAGAGUUCGCCGCCUUCCACGUUCGCGAACCAUCCGCAACGCGGUUCUGGUUUGCGCGCACGUCCCAGCUGUGUCGAGAGGCCAGAGAGAAAGACUCGGACAUGUACGACGCCACGGUUCAUCCUGAGGAAAAUCCAAGAUCGUUUCGAGACCCGAUUUCAGAUAUCGACAAAGGCAGCGAGCGCCGUUUGAGCGGCGCCAAGGCUUUUCUAGGCCUGCACGAGGUGACGAAAAUCGGAAUUUGGCGAUCGCUGAUCGCCGAACUUCUCGGUACGCUGCUCUUGGUUCUGAUUGGCUGCGGAUCUUGCAUCGCAUGGGACACGACGGGGAAACCAACGGUAUUUCAAAUCGCCUUCACGUUCGGUCUGACCGUUGCGACUCUAGCACAGGCAAUUGGACAUGUGUCGGGAUGUCACGUCAACCCCGCUGUCACCGCUGGUCUUGUCGUCAGUGGAAACUGCAGUCUGCUUAAAGGAUUCUUCUACAUCGCUUUCCAAUGUAUCGGAGCUAUUGCUGGGGCAGCCAUUCUAAAGGUAAUGCUGCCGAAUUCAGUCGCUGGAACUCUCGGGAGCACCGAGGUUAAUGCAGCGGUGAACAUUGGCCAAGCUGUAUUGAUCGAAGCCCUCAUCACCUUCAUGCUCGUCCUGGUCGUCCACGGAGCGACUGACUCGAAACGGAACGACAUCAAGGGGUCAGUGCCGCUGGCCAUUGGUCUUGCCAUUACAGCUGCUCAUCUCGCAGCGAUACCGCCAACCGGAAGCAGCAUGAACCCGGCUCGUAGUUUGGGCCCCGCCGCAGUUAUGGGGCUGUGGGACAACCAAUGGGUCUACUGGGUCGGACCGAUCGUUGGAGGAGUCGCUGCCGGCGCCAUUUACAAGCUAUGUUUUCACAUGGGAUUAACGAGGGACGAGGAUCAAGGAUCAUACGACUUUUAGCGUGUCUUAAGAUUAGUUAUUUUAACCUGUGUAAAUUAUUCAAGGUGCGACCCUCGCGAGUUAAGGGUCACUUGCAAUCAGACAAGUGCGAGUGGUUAAUUAUAUCUCUACGUUGACGAGUAACGGACCGAACUCGGUGCGCCGUUUUAGGGAAGGCACCAGGAGGUGAAUAUACCGAAUGCUCGUCCCGGACGAAAGAUUCUCUGUAUUGUUACAUGUAUAGAAGUGACAAGACCGAUCGUUUCGUUGCAGGAAGAAUGAGAUGGUGAGAUCUUUUCAAAAAAUAUGUAGGUAUAUAUAUUUUUUUUUUUUUUUCUUGCGCAUAACUUCUUCGAUCGAAGAUAAUUGUAUAUUACCACCCGUACGUUGACACUUUGGUACGUUCAAUGGAAAGAAAAAAAGGGAAUAUACAUUAUAUAUUUCCAAAAUUAUUUCACAACUUCAUUAAUCCUCGAUUAGUGAUGGAAUCUCAUUUUCAGUAUGUUAUAAUGACAUAUACACGUUAUCGGGAACCAACAAACGAAAAAAUACAGAAGAGACCACUCGAAUUACCAAUAUUAUGGAUCUUUGGUGCGUUAUAACUUGCUCUUAUGUAUACGUAGGUACAUCAUCGUUAGUGGAUUAAGUUCUCAUCAUUACAUCUAUCAUCAUACAUAUUGCGUAAUACUCGCUGUAAAAUUUUUUGAGAAUCAUAUCGGAAGAUCGUUGAAUAUCUGUCUACUCGUCUCGCAACACCUAGAAUAUAAAGUGUUUUGAUGCGAGGUUUCAUUCUACUAUAACAGAGGUUAAAAACGUUGAGUAUUGAUUCGCGCAGCUACUUCCCCAUCAGGGUGGCCACCCGUCUGGAAAACCGGGAAAACCGGGAAAUGUCAGGGAAUUUUGUAUGUCAGGGAAAAGUCAGGGAAAUGUCAGGGAAUUUUUUGGUUGGUCAGGGACUUUUUAUAGAACUCACGGAUUUCAAAAGCUUUGUCCAUAAAAUUGAGAUGCUAUCACCGCAUCGUCACAAUUUUUCUUCUCUUCUUAUCGACGAUUAUAAGCUUAGUUGUUGAUUGUCACAUGAAUUCAGUAGUACCAACAGACAUCGGUUUGAUUUAUCUAUGACCGUCGCUGCGUGUGGAGACGCAAGUUCACCGACGCCUAAUAGUCUAGAAAAAUCGAAGCCUCAGGUUUUUGGCAGUAACUCAAAAAGUAAAAGCGCUAGCGGAAAUUUUAAAAUGAUUCUUAAAGAGGAGGAAAUUUCCAAUAAAAAAGUACCAGCACCCGGAAUUCUAUCUUCAGUAUUAGUAAUUUUAAUUUAACGCUGAACACAGGGCUCUGCGCAACUGUUACGGCAUAGACGCGCCGCGUCUAGACAAUACACCGCAUAAAAUAAUUGUUUCGCUGUAUUAAAUAUCAAUUUAAAAAUUUGGAUAAAUUGUGGUGCAUUCUUAACGCUUAAAAGAAAAAUUUUCCGUUGGAAAAAAAUUUUUAAGUUUAUUUUUCAAAAAGUUACACAUUCGUUAAUUAGUCAUAAUUCUUCGAACCUCGAUUUUCAUUGCAAACAGCAUAAAUGUUCAAAUAAUAGCUUUAAAAAUAUUUCGCUUCUUGGAGCCCAUUCUUAAAUAUAUACUUAACAAGACCAAGCAAAUGGAAAUGUUCAUUUUUUGUCAACUUUCAAAAAUCACAAUGAACGGAAUGAACAACUUUUAAAAACUUUUAUAACUUUAAUAUAUUUGGCCAUACUUUACCUAGGUUACUAUAGUUGUUAGUGAUUUCUGCACAAAUUGUGCAUCAAAAUAUUAGGGAAAAAUAAUGAUUUUAGUCAGGGAAAACCAGGAAAUGUCAGGGAAUUCCGUGAGCGGAAUUGAGUGGCCACCCUGCCCAUCUAAAUCCCAGCUUUCUUCGAAUUAUGAUUAGUUUUUAAAAAGUCCUUCAUUCUUUUUUACUACUGGAGUUUUCUUUGUAUAACAAACAUUCGAAACCCUGCUUUUGUGAUACACAUAAUGUUCUCACGAAAGAGAGUGUAAGUAUUAAUUGAAAAUUGUAAGCUAGAGAAUGAAGGAAAAUGCCAAGCGAUUCGUAUAUUAUUAUAAAUCUCUAAAGAUCAAUGUCACUCGAUCUAAAAUAUAUGGCACAAUAUUAUAAAUCUGUAGUAUUUAUAAUCAAAUUUUUGCAUGCUUUUCAUCGAACAAAUGCAUUUUAAUUCAUUUUUUUUGCACCGUGAUUCCUCUUCUACAUUUAUCUGCAUCAUCUGUAUCGGUAUUGCUCUGAUUUACCCAGCAUUUUAUUUAAGUUUUGUAUAUAUUGUACUUAAUAUUUAGAAUUAAUGUUUCUCUACGUGUUUAUAGUACACCUGCAUCGGUAACUUUUUACAACGCAAUAAAGCCGAUAAUUAUGUAA